CGAAAUAUCUCUUGCCUUGUAAUUAUUGAAUUAAAGAGAUAAGAAAUUGAUCGGUUCCACGAAAUUUGUACACAUAGAGUUAAAGGACAAAGACUUGAUCUUCAUGCCUCUUGUUUUAUAUGCCUGUCUUUGAUAUAUAUCAACCAAGUCAGGCUUCUGAAGUUCUGACGCCACACCUUUGCAAGUACUUGCAAGCAACGCACAUCCAUCCAUUGUUUAUCAUAAUAUUAUUUCUAUUCAUACUUAAUUUGUUUGUUGUUUGUUGGACAAAUAAGUUUUGUAAUAUUUGUUUGUUGUUUGUUGGACAAUUAAGUUUUGUAAUACUUAAUUUAACGUGCAUGGACUGCGAACAAAUUUGCAUUUUUAUUUUUAUUAUUUUUUUAUUUUUUAGCAUCAAAAAGAAUGUUCUGAUUUGCUGACAAAAGACGUGAAUAUCCUUCUUAUACCGAUCAACAAAAAGACAGGUCCAAUGAAACAAAGGGUUUUCCGUCACCUCAUUUUUGUAUGUGUCUUGAUCCAUGUGAACAAAAUAUAAGUCAAGGCUAACACAACAUUGUGAGGAAAUCUAUGAAGUCUAUAAAAGCUUCAUAAACAUGUAAUAAGUUUCGGUAGCUCAACAUGGAUCUUCAAGAAAAUCAUAAACAAAAACCACGUUUAGAAUCUGAAGAGGUAAAUGAUUGUCCAAUUGAGCAAGUUCGACUCACUGUCCCUAUAACAGAUGAUCCAACACUUCCAUGCUUAACUUUCAGAACAUGGUUUUUAGGGAUCAUUUCUUGUGGUGUUUUAGCUUUCUUGAACCAGUUCUUUGGUUAUCGCCAGAAUCAACUAACAGUGUCCUCGGUUGUAGCACAAAUCGUGGUUCUUCCUGUUGGAAGAAUAAUGGCAGCAAGUCUACCCACAAAAGGAAUAACAAUUCCAGGGACGAAAUGGUCAUUUUCAUUGAAUCCGGGACCUUUUAACGUAAAAGAGCAUGUUCUUAUUACUAUAUUAGCAAAUGCGGGUUCGAGUUCGGUUUAUGCGGUGGGGAUUAUCACUAUUGUCAAAGCCUUUUACCACACUGAAAUCCACCCUCUUGCAGCCUUGUUGCUUACCCAAAGUACUCAGCUUCUUGGAUUCGGAUGGGCUGGUCUUUUCCGGAAAUUUUUAGUUGACUCUCCAUAUAUGUGGUGGCCUUCAACUCUAGUUCAAGUCUCUCUCUUCAGGGCUUUGCAUGAGGAAGAGAAGAGGGCAAAGGGGGGACUUUCAAGGCUUCAAUUCUUCAUGAUAGUGAUUAUAAGUAGCUUUUCAUACUACGUGGUUCCGAAUUAUCUCUUUCAAUCCAUCACAGCCCUCUCUUUCGUAUGCUGGAUAUGGAAAGAUUCCUUCAAAGCUCAACAAAUUGGUUCUGGUCUUAAAGGUUUUGGAAUCGGAGCUUUUGGGCUUGAUUGGGCCACAGUUGCUUCUUUCCUAGGAAGUCCAUUAGCCACCCCUGGAUUCGCUAUGGUGAAUAUGCUAAUUGGCUAUGUAAUCACUUUUUACAUAAUAAUUCCCGUAGCUUAUUGGAAUAACUGGUAUGAAGCUAGACGAUUUCCUAUGUAUGCUUUCAAGACAUACAAUGCUGAUGGAACAAAGUACAAUGUCUCUAAAGUUUUGAACGAAACGUCUUUCUCCUUUAAUCAAGCGGGAUAUGAUGAAUAUGGAAAAGUCAACCUUAGUAUCUUGUUUGUACUUGCUUAUGGUCUAAGCUUUGCUACACUAGCUGCCACAGUAUCCCAUGUCCUUCUCUUCCAUGGGAGGUAUUUACUAUUUAGUAUUUAAUCUUGAAUAAAGAUUCAUAUGAAGUCCUUUAGGUUGUUAAUUUUUUUCUUGAAAUCUUGUUAUGUUAAAUAAAGGACAAUUUUGGAACAAACGAAGGCGUCAAUGAGGAAGAGUAUUGGGGAUGUGCAUACAAGGUUGAUGAAGAGAAACUAUGAUUCUGUCCCACAAUGGUGGUUUCACACUCUUCUAGUAUUAGUAAUAGGACUUGCUUUGCUUACUUGUGAAGGAUUUGGGAGGCAAUUGCAGCUUCCUUAUUGGGGAAUUAUCUUAGCAAUUGGUUUGGCUGCCAUAUUCACCUUGCCCGUUGGUGUUAUUGUAGCUACCACAAACCAGGGAGUAGGUCUAAACGUGAUCACAGAGCUAAUCAUAGGGUAUAUGUACCCAGGGAGGCCACUAGCCAAUGUGGUGUUCAAAACCUAUGGUGACAACAGUAUGUGGCAAGCCAUAACGUUUCUCCAAGAUUUUAAGCUCGGCCAUUAUAUGAAAAUCCCACCCAAGUCCAUGUUCAUCGUUCAGUUGGUAGGUACAAUCAUCGCAUCCUCUGUCUACUUUGCAACAUCAUGGUGGCUCCUAACAACAGUGGAAUACAUCUGUGACCCCAUUAAUCUACCAAAGGGAAGCCCAUGGACGUGCCCAGGAGAUGAUGUUUUCUACAACGCCUCAAUUAUAUGGGGAUUGGUGGGCCCACAACGUAUGUUUGGGAACCUAGGGUUAUACUCAAAGAUGAACUACUUCUUUCUGUUUGGAAUUCUUGCACCUGUGCCCUUUUGGUUCCUUUCUCGCAAGUUUCCAGAGUGGAAAUGGCCGAGGCUUGUGAACAUACCUAUCCUUAUAAACUGUCCAGGGCCACCAGCUAAAGCAGUAAACUAUAAUAUGUGGUUUGCUGUGGGGAUGUUCUUCAAUUUUGUUGUUUAUAAGAGGUUCAAGAGUUGGUGGGCAAGGCAUAAUUAUAUAUUGUCAGCUGGGCUUGAUGCUGGUGUUGCAUUCAUGGCGAUUCUUUGCUAUUUGGUGUUACAAAAUAGGAAUAUUAAUGGACCGGAGUGGUGGGGUUUGGAGGUAGAUGACCAUUGUCCAUUGGCAAAUUGUCCUUCUGUCCCUGGUAUCAACGUUCCAGGUUGCCCUGUAAUCCAAUGAAACUAAGAAAGAAAGAUGAUAGCCAUUGUUGUACCACUAUAAUUUAAUGAAAUUUUAGGAAUUAUACCAUACGAUUUGAGGUAGAAUUGCAACAAAUAGGGGUUGGGUUUGUGUAUGUAGAAAAUGACUCAUAUACAAAUGUAUCAUGUAUUUGAACAUGAUUUGAUUCGACACCCAAAGAUUUAUUUGAGUUGCCUUUGUGAGACGGAUAAACUUGGAUCAGAUCUUCAUAGCACUUUGGUUAGUUGAAUUUAGUUCAUUAUAAUGGACUAUUGUUUCCAUAAAAGUUGAAAAGUUAGAGAGAUACCAACACUAGGUAUAAAUUACUCAUAACUCAUAAGUGCAAUACAUUGAUCAAAUUAUAAUGGAAUAGACAAGUUAUACCAAAGAUGACAAUCGAACUAUUUGAAUUUAGACAAGCUAUAUCAAGUGCGAUAGAUGAAUCAAGCGAAAUAUUAAGGAGAUAGACGCACAGGCAAAGAUAGCAAAGAAGAAGUUGCUACUGGUAGGAGUAUGAAGAUGUGUCGCUCUUGUCCGCUGCCACUGUCGAUCUAUCGCCCAUUCUCAUCUUCUCUUAGGCAAUCAUCAUCAUUCAUUAGGCCUAGGUCGGAC